AUGUUUCGACGCAUGAGAGGCGCGCUGGGCGGGUCCCGCCUAUACAUGCUUCCGGGACCCACGGCAAGCCAAACCAAAACCCCCCGCAGCAGCCAAAAACUCUGGAGAUUACGCCGUUUCCUGCAUCUUGUUGGAACGAGCCGCAUCCGCCAAAAUUCACACCCCAAGGAGGCGAUGUUAGACAAGUCAGGCCAUGCCAAACGUCUUGUGACGAAACAAUACCACGAAAGUUGGCUAAACGACAGCCCGAAGAGACCAGCCUUUCCGCCUCCACGUACCCCGGGGAAGAGGCGGCGAAUGACCAUCCGAGCUCUGUCUCGAGUACAGUCCGCCCUGUAUUUUUAA